CGUGAGGAUGCUGUACGUCAGGCUGCGUUUAAAUCCUCCGCCUGUGGGGGGCGCUGCGGCUUUCCUGACUUUCCAUUUUCUCCUUUCAGUCAGCGAAGCGGUGCAGCUUUAAUAGUCUCAGCUCGUCGGUGUUUUUUUGUUUUAUUUUCUCCUUUUGCGGCAGAGGCCGUCUGUCGCUGCACCCGGAGCGAAUGCCGCACGGUUCCGCUCCAUAACCGGCAUGUGACGCGGGUUUUUCCUUCCUCGCGCGGUCCUCGGAUCGGUGGAUCCGCUGCAGACGCGCGAUGCGAGCGGUGGAGACGACAGGGGGGGCUCCGGCCUCCGGAGGCUCCUUUGACCGUGAUGUGAACGUGGACGAGGCGCGUCAACCUGUCGGAGAUGACGGUAAACCUUCUGGCCUGGGCAGCACUCCAUAGCCCCCCUUGUGGAUCGCCUCCCACCUAGUCAUUUCUCCACCUUCAUCUCUUGGCCCCGCCCCCUCUGUUUGCGAUGGAGACCACCCUGGAGACGCUGCUGCUCCAGCCCGAACAGGAGCCGAGCCCCGAGCGGCUGGACGGCUGUGAGAAGUCCGCCGGACACUACCAGGUGGUUCCCUCGGUGGUGUGCUCCAUGUGCUGCCUCUUCGGCAUCAUUUACUGCUUCUUCGGCUAUCGCUGCUUCAAGGCGGUGAUGUUCCUCACGGGCCUGAUGUUCGGCUCCGUGGUGAUCUUCAUGCUGUGCCACAAGGAGCGCGUGCUGGACACCCAGCUGAGCGUGGAGGCCUCGGUGGGGAUCGGCCUCGGUAUCGGGACGCUCUGCGGCUUGGUCACCAUGCUGGUUCGCAGCGUGGGCCUGUUCAUGGUGGGCCUGCUGCUGGGCCUGCUGGUGGCCGUGGCCACCCUGGUAGGCAUGGAGGAGCUCUCCGACAGCCCGCCGCGCUCCGUCUGGGUGCCCCUGGGCGUGCUGCUUGGCCUGGGCAUGCUGUUUGCCGUGCUGACCCUGCAGUGGCAGCGCCUCUUCACCACCGUGUCGACAGCGGCGUUCGGCGCGGCGGUCAUCACGGUGGCUCUGGACUACUUUGUGGAGCUCUUCGCCCUGGUGAUCUACAUGUGCGAGCGGAUUAAAGCAGAGUCGGCUAAGCCUGUGUGCUGGAUGACAUGGGUGGUGCUGGGGGUGUGGCCUGCCCUCACCCUGCUGGGUAUCAUCAUUCAGUGGAAGGUGACUGCUGAGGGAUACUCCCACACUAAGGUAAUCAUCAGUCGUCAACAACGGAGGAUGCAGGUCAUGCGGAUUCGUCAGCGAGACGACCGCUACCGGAACAAGAAGAAGAAGAAGCACGGCUCCUCCGCCAGUCACCCCCAGCAGGCAAAGCAACUCCAUGCUGAGCCCGUCUAUCGACGCAAGCCCAACCCCAUCCGCCGCUACGACACAGAUGUCCUCUCGCCGAGUUACAUCCAGAGUUUCAGAGACCGGCAAGUACAGGGCCAGCCUUUCCCGGGGCGAGCGGUUGGAGGCUCUCACUCUGUUGUGGAGAUGGGAUACGACUGUGGCUCCACGACUCCUCUCACCGCAGCAGCGGGACCUCCUUUGCGGCACUGACCGCUUCUUGAACUUGCCACUAAAACCAGAGACUACA